CGGACCAGCACAUCGACAUCCGGGAGUCUGAUUGCCUGUGGCUGUUUUGUUUUCUUGCAGAACUGAAGUAAACCGAGGCUAUCCAACGCGCCGCGACUCCCAACUCUGGACUUGGACUGACCUGAAAAGAUGUCUGGAUUUCUAGAAGGCUCGAGGUGCUCGGAGUGCAUGGACUGGGGGGAGAAGCGGAACACAAUCGCCUCCAUCGCUGCUGGCGUUCUAUUUUUCACGGGAUGGUGGAUCAUCAUAGAUGCAGCUGUCAUGUACCCCAGGAUGGAUCAGUUCAACCACUCAUACCAUACCUGUGGCGUCAUAGCAACCGUAGCCUUCCUCAUGAUUAAUGCAGUAUCGAAUGGGCAAGUGCGAGGUGACAGCUACAGCGAAGGCUGUCUGGGCCAGACAGGAGCUCGAAUCUGGCUCUUCAUCGGCUUCAUGUUGGCUUUUGGAUCCCUGAUUGCAUCCAUGUGGAUUCUCUUUGGAGGUUAUGUCGCUAAGGAGAAGGAAGUAGUGUAUCCUGGAAUUGCUGUAUUUUUCCAGAAUGCUUUCAUCUUUUUUGGGGGGCUGGUUUUCAAGUUUGGCCGUACAGAGGACUUGUGGCAGUGAAGACGUCGCUUCUGCAGCACAGCCACCGUGCAUGGGUUUCUUCCCCCCCCCCCCUGCUCACUCACCCAGUCUUUUGUAAUACUGUUUUCUAAACUUAUUUCUGGGUAUAAUCUCAGCUUGAAAUUGUAUAAUGCUAGAAUCAUGAGAACUCCUAUGUGAACUGCAGCAGCCCAGUGCGGUGUGAGCCCCAUCAGCUUUUACCACAGGAAAGGAAACCGCUGCCGUGAGUCGCUUCUGCCAGCUUCUAUCACGAUCUAAAGAGUUGGUGAUGGAGAAAUGGUGGAGUCUUUGGGGUGAGGAUUCCCUCUGGGCUCCAAAGUGUUUAUUAACGCGGCCUUUUUCGUGUCCGGUGUUGAAUAACGUGUAAACAUUUUCUUGUUAUUAAAAACUAUUUGGUGGUCAAGA